AUGGAGAUGCGACGGGCGUACUUGGUGGGGUAUAACGGUGUGGAAGCGAUGGGGUGGAUGGUGGUGUUGACGCUCGCGGUGCGAUGCGCGGUCGAGCGAGGGCGCUCGUGGACGUAUGAUGUCGUGCGUGAUGCGUUGGUGACGGUGCAGAUCGCAUCCUUCGCGGAAGUUUUACACGCCCUGAUUGGAUUGACGCGCACGCCCGCGGCGGCGGCGCUCAUGCAGUGGGCGGGACGGACGCACUGCCUGCUGUGCGCCCUGGACGGGGUGCGAAGCAAUCACUCGAGCGACGCCGCGACGGUGUUGGUGUUCGCGUGGGCGAUCACGGAGGUGAUUCGAUAUCCGGCGUACGUGUGCGGUUUGUUGGGGAUCGAAUCCAAGGCGCUCACUUGGGCGCGGUACACGGUGUUCGUGCCGCUGUAUCCGCUCGGUGCGGGGGCGGAGAUGAAACUCAUGUACGACGCGCGAGCGCACGCGAGAAGAACGAAAAUGUACGCGAUCGAAAUGCCGAACGCGUACAACUUUGCGUUCGAUUAUCCCACGUUUCUCAACGCGUUGCUCGUGUUGUACCCGUUUUUGUUCCAUGGGUUGUACUCCUACAUGUUCGCGCAGCGUCGUAAAAAACUCGGAGGGAAGGAGAAACAGAGCUAA